AUGUGUGUGCCCGGUCUCUCGAGCACGAUGCCCUUGCCGACGUGCACCUGCCACGUCGCGCUGGUCGGUGGCGGCGGCAGCGCACCGCUGGUGCCUGCGGUGGACAGCGUCGGCAUGUACGUUACAAGGAAGAGAAUACUGAUGUCGCGCGACGGUGUUGUGUUGGCCGCAAGCGACAGCGUCACUACGACACGGCCACGCUGCUGUUGCCGCCCGCUCGUCGGCGGCGUCGCCACUGGCGCCAGCAGAAGGGCUGGGGUUACGUUAUACUCCGCAACGCUCACCUCACUCGGUGUCAACACGCCACCAUCGGGGACAUACUUGGAGUACGACACAGCCCGCACAACAUGGCGGCCAGGUUUGUUCAACACGAGCUCUGCGCCGUCGACAAAGCGGUCGCUGCGGUCAGUGGGCGUGGUGCCGUCGAGCGUGUAG